AUGCUCAGAUUAAGCACUGAUAAUCUCUCGGCUGAAAUCAAGCGAUUUUCCAUGUCUCCACGCGGACGUAGAAAGACAGAAGCAACUAUUUCGGACUUUGUGGAAGAAAACAAUGCAGACACUGUAGAUAAUAUUAUUAAUGUUCGAGUUUCAGAUGCCAAAUUUCGUGAUUUAAAAGAAAGUAUACCUAUUUCUAGAAGAUGUAAACAAUUUUUUGGUAUUCGUGAACCGAUGACUCGCCGUGAAUUUCAUAAACAACUAGAUAGGUUAUACAAGUGCUGUUUAAAAGGUGUAAGAGACCUGCAUGAACUUCACUUGCGUCGUUCUUUAGGACUGGAUAUUUUAGAAGACAUUAUAUCAAGAGUAAAUCCUGAGCACAUAAUGAUAUCACAUGUCAUACAUUUAAUUUGGUGCAUUAUGAGUUGUAUACACCAUUUUCAGUUGCGACUAAAAACGUCUGAGACAGGUGUGAUAUCGUGGUCAAGAAGAAAAAAGUCAGAACAUUGUUUAAAAGUAUAUCGAAGAUUAAUAAAAAUUAUUGAUAAAGAUAUGUAUCGCAUUGCUGUGAAUGCCAUUGUGACUUUCUACAGAGAGGGAAAACUUUGGGAAAUAGAGUUUGGUUGCACAGUCCUGAUCGUCGAAAUUUUGGAAAAUCAUGUUUACAUGAGAGAAGAUUUGGAUGACAUUUUAUACACAAUCGAAAUUGCAACCAUAGAAAAUGCCGAAGAAGCCAAGUAUCUUACCAAAGUGUUAUGCGAAAUAAUGAAAAACAUAAAAUGGAAAAAUAUGACUAUGUACCUUAUUGCCAAGAUUUUAACUGUAAUCGAGAGCAGCAUUCAACCCAAGCCACACGAUACUUUCAAUUACAUUUAUCUUAGAAAAGGAUUUGAACUUUGUGUAAAAAAUGCAAUUCGUAAUUUGCACAGCAAGGAUUUGAUUCGAGUUUUAUUCAUAUUGAUGAAUAAAAUGAACUCAAAUAUUUAUAAUAAGGACAUUAUUGUAUGUUUCGGAAAUAUAGCGAUCUUUACAGCACAAAUUUACAGUUAUAGAUCAGGUGACACAUGUUUUUCAGAAGGACCACUGCCAAUAAUUAUUAGUUUAUUCCAGUCUACCUCGCCUAUCGUAGUUUUGUUUGGUUUAAAAAUAGCGCAGAAAAUUUUAGACAGAAUGAAAAACGGAGAGCAUUUUCUAUCGCCCAAGAUAUUUUUUCAAGACUGCGAUUACUAUUUAAAAAUAAGAAGCUGCCGUCAACAGGACAAGAGCUUGUUCAAGCGCAUGCGUCAACUGAUUUAUCAGAUUAUCAUGAAUAGUUUUUUAGUGUCCAAUGAUAAAACACAGUUGGAAAAUGUCUAUAGAACGGUUGCCCUUCUCAUUAUAGAAAUACCUUGUGGAUAUUCCGCUUCAUGUAUCGUAACCAUGGCUAUGAGCAUUCAGGAAUACGCUUUUCGCAUUACGACAAAAGACUUGGUAAGGUCCAUCAUCUACAUGCCACUGUUUUAGCAUUACUAACUCUGGUUUGUUACACUCAUAAUGCCAAAAUAUUUUACCAAUACGUAAGAACUAUUAUCGAACGCAGAGCUGAACUGGCUCCACAUUUAAACCCACCAUUAAAAACUGAAUACGAAUAUGCCCAACACCAUAUUUUAUGGAACAAACCAGAGCUAUUUUUUGAAGAUUGGGAGGCUAGAUAUGGACUUUGGAAAUGCUUUAGAGGACGACGACGUUUAAACAAAAUUUACAGGGAAAACUAUUAUGACGAAAGUAAUAAAUUACUUUAA